AUGGCAGCCUUGCUCUCGCCGGUCGUCGUUCUCGUGGCUCUCACCGUCUCGGCCAUCCUGCUACUCUCAGCCCAUCCCACCGCCGCGAAAUCCGGCACCGCCAGCUUCUACACCCCUCCCUAUGAACCGUCGGCAUGUUUCGGGGAGAAGCACGAGGGCGUGAUGACGGCGGCGGCGAACGAGGACGCGCUCUGGCACCGCGGCGACGCUUGCGGGAAAGUCUACAAGGUGAGAUGCGUAGGCGGGACGAACCAAGGCGUCGCACGGCCGUGCAAGAAAGGCAAGACCGUGACCGUCAAGAUCAUCGACUUGUGUCCAUCCAACGGCUGCCAAGCCACCAUCGACUUGUCCCGAGAAGCCUUCGCCCACAUCGCCGAUCCCGACGAAGGAAUCAUCAACAUCGCCUUCGAAGAGUAUGUCAUGCAGAGAUUCUCUCUAACCUAG